AUGGGGCCGCGCCCCGCCGCCCGCCCCGCCGCCCUGGCGCUGCUGGGUCUCGCCGCCGUCGCCGUGUCGUUGCCGCUGCCCGACGCCGGCCCUCACGUUAACUACGGCUGGGGGGAACCGAUCCGGCUGCGGCACCUCUACACCGCCAGCAAACACGGGCUCUUCAGCUGCUUUCUGCGGAUCGGCGGCGACGGCCGGGUGGACGCCGCCGGUAGCCAGAGCCCGCAGAGUCUGCUGGAGAUCCGCGCCGUGGCGGUGCGCACCGUGGCCAUCAAGGGCGUGCGGAGCUCCCGUUACCUCUGCAUGGACGAGGCGGGGCGGCUGUACGGGCAGCUCAGGUAUUCCACUGAGGAUUGUUCCUUUGAAGAGGAGAUUCGUCCAGACGGCUACAAUGUAUAUAAAUCAAAAAAAUACGGAAUAUCGGUGUCUUUGAGUAGUGCCAAGCAAAGACAGCAGUUCAAAGGAAAAGAUUUUCUUCCACUCUCUCACUUCUUACCAAUGAUCAACACUGUGCCUGUGGAGUCAACAGACUUUGGUGAAUACGGCGAUUACAGCCAGGCGUUUGAACCAGAGGUGUACUCCUCGCCUCUCGAAACGGACAGCAUGGACCCCUUCGGCAUCACCUCCAAACUGUUGCCGGUGAAAAGCCCCAGCUUUCAGAAAUGACUCUGAGCGCACACAUGUGUUUUUAAAGAAAUACUGCAGAAUACU